CUCUGAGCAUCCGGGAAGGCUGUGCUUUCUGUCUGACCUCCUUCCUUUCUCAGAUCCAGAGCGAGUUCCACCUCCUCUGGAGAGUCUUCCCUGAACCCCCAGCACCCUGGGGUGAGUUAGCAUCUUCCUCCGCCUUCCACUGCUUCAGUAUAAGAAUGGGACAAAUAAGCAUGCUCUGUGAGCCCUCGAGGUGCCAGGCAGUGUACACAGUUACCUGGAUAAAAAGAAUUACCCCGCUUUACGCAUGGAACCUGAGGAUCAGGAACGCUGUGCUGGCUGCAGAUGGACACCUGGUCAUUCUAGAGAAGAUGGACGACUGGAAUGUGGUGGAGCUCAGCGUGAACGAAGAAGUUGUCUUCCACUGCAACAUCAAAGACUUGGAAUUCGGAGGCGAUGGUAAACUAGACCCUCUGUGCCAAGAGGCCAGGAUAGCCGUGCUGAAUGCCUACUGAUCUCGUGGAAACGGGCAUCUCAAGCCAAAAGAACAGCAACUGCCUCAGGCGUUCGGUGAUGCAAACAACAGCAGCCAUUCGGGCCAUGGGCUCCAGCACUACCUUCAGAGCAGGGCGACUCCAGCCUGUCCUGCUGCACGCCAGGCUGCAGGGAAGCGGGUCCACACAGCAAGCAGACCACGUCACCGGCUGAGUGUCUCAUCUGAACCCAUAGGGAGGCCCUCCAAUAUCUGCUACAUGUCGAGCUGAAGGAAAUAAUAAAAUGCAAUCUCAUACCAAA